AUGAUUGCCAUUCCCAACUCGGUUCUUUACUAUUCCUCCUACGACGGCAUCAAAUGGCGCCUCGAGCCGUAUUUCAACCACCACUUCGCUUGGAUGGUUCCAGCGAUCGCGGGAGGUCUGAGUCGCACGCUGGCCGUCGUCUGCGUGGAGCCGCUGGAGUUCCUCAAGACGCAGGCGCAAGCGAGAAUGCCCGGAGGCGUGAUCGGCGCGAUUCGGCGCGUAGGCCACGAAGCCACGAUCCACGGCGUGCUUUACCUCUGGAAAGGCGUCUACACGAACCUGCUGCGCGAUAUCUCCUUCUCCGCGCUGCAUUGGCUCAUUCUGGAGCAAACGCGGUCCGUGGUGAAGAAGACGAACCUCCCAAGACCCGCGAAAAGCUUUAUUUGUGGAGCGACGGCGGGAGCAUUAGCAUCGUUCCUCGUGAAUCCGUUUGAUGUCGUAAAAACGCAGCAGCAAGUGCGCUCCGGCAAGGCGCUGCCUUCGUUCGGCAUUAUGGGCAGCGUGUACCGCGAGGAGGGCGUUUCGGGGUUGUUUAAGGGCGUGGGACCCAGAAUGGUGAAAUCGGCGGUUGCCUGCGCUAUGAUGAUCACGUUCUAUGAGUACGGGAAGGAAUUGGCGACAAAACGAAAGAAUGAGUAGUCUAAACGGGUUCUCU